AUGGCUAAGACUGGAGCAUUGCACGUCGUGGAUUCUCGUAAACUCAUCCCAUCAGGCUCUGAACACGAUGAAGAGCGACAACAAAUCAGAUCUAGGUUAAGCGAAAGUCUAAGGAACGAUCGUGAGCAGUGGUGGGCAACGAAAGCAAAAGAGAUGGGAAAGGCGGCGGCUAUAGGGAACACAAGACAGCUCUACAUACUAAUAAAAGGAACUGGAAUUAAUAAGUCAAGUGUAAGUCAGACUAUUUCGGAAAAAGACGAUACUCUCAUCUGCUCCCAGUCCAGUCCUUUAGAACGAUGGGCGGAACAUUUUAGAGAACAGUUGAGCUGGUCUUCAGCUACUCUACAACUACCCUCCAUUCCCGGACAGUGUGAAUGGAACAUUGAAGUAGGUCCCCCAAAUCUAGCUGAAGUUCAAAAGGCUAUAGUUAAUUUGAAACGAGGAAGGGCAGCUGGUCCAGAUAGAUUUGCUCCAGAGGUCUUUAAGGAAGGUGGUUCAAUUUUAGCGAUUAGGUUGACUAAUAUUUUAGCUAAAAUCUGGAAGAUAGACAACAGAACGCAUUACACCGGGAAUUGA